UACUGCCCUGCUGCUCUCUCGCUGUAGCUUUGCUGCCUCACUCGCUGAUAAUGUUCAGAACGGCGGGUUACAGCGCGCGGAGUCGACGGCGCUUUGAUUCCGUUCGAAUCGAUUGAUCUGGACAAACGCGCGCACGAGGAAUGUGCCGCUGCUAUGGAGACGCCCCGCGAAGAGAGCGGCGCGGGGAGCGAGGAUGACACGGCCGCGGCGCGCGAGGAGAGCGCGAGUGUGGCUGAUGUGUCCGUGGAGAUAGCCACAGUGGAUGCCAUGCUUAAUAAGUUUUGUAGAACAUAUUAUGGGCGCAGAAGGAGAGCAAAGAAGUUGAAGAAGAAGAAGAAACUACUGGUCAAUCUGCAGCAUCUGGUCAUUAUCAUCACAGUGAUGGUGUUUGUCAUUGUGAUAAUCAUGUGGUCACUCCUGUGGUAUUUUACAUUUCGGCGAGAAAGCAACAGUGGGGUGUAUUUUGCUGGUAUGUUUCGUGUUGCCAACAUUGAGUACAUACCAGAGUACCGACAUGCAGACUCCAGUGAAUUUGUAUCCAUGGCAAAUCAAAUCCAACACGUGGUGAGCUCUGUAUACAGAUCUUCAUCAGUGUCCAGACUCUACAAGCACACUGUUAUAUCUGACCUCAGUAACAAUGACAAAGGUGGAGUGCUAGUGCAUUUCUGGAUGAUCUUUGUGGUGCCGAGGCUGAAGACCCCCACAGUGUGCGAGGAGUGUGUGAGUGCUAUCCUCAGAGACUCGGUGCUCACUUCUCUAAAGAACAGGUCUUCUGUAGGCUUCUUGCUGGGCCUGCCUGUGGACAUUGACUCCAUCUUCAUCAAUGUCGCUCUUCGGUCAGACUACACAUCUACUGCAACAGGCUCGGAGUGUGUGGAUAAGCUGUAUGCAGGUCUGCCUGAAGUGAAGGUUCCCCUGAAUGUCUUCUCAUCGUGGGGAGGCCUGAGCUGCCACAUCAAGCUUACGUCUGCACCUGGUUCCAUCAUCCGCCUCACAGUGAACAGCCUAGAGAUCGAGCCCACUGACUGCAUCUAUGACGCCCUUACUGUGUAUGACGCCCUGCUGCCCAUGAGAGCAAAGAUACUGCACAGACUGUGUGAAUCAGUGCGGGUUCCACUCUCUCUUGUCUCCACCUCCAACGUCAUGCUGCUGUCCUUCAGACUCGCGCAGGGGAACAAGAGCUUCCGAGGGUUCUUCCAGGCCAUCUCAGAGCAGGAGUGCAUCAGCAUGAUUGAGAUUCCAGCAGCCCCUACUGCAGUGCGAGAAAUCACCAGCCCAUUUUACCCCAGCCUGCUCCCCCCUCUGUGCUCCUGCACCUGGAGGCUACAGACCCCAAACAGUGCCCUUGGAGUGGCUCUUAAGUUCCAGAACUACAUCCUCUCCCUGAAAGACCUGGCCCCGUGUGAACACGGCUGGUGGAAGGUCAAUGAGGUCAUAUACUGUGGCACCUAUGUGAGUCACGUGACUGUCUUCCGCAUUCCCGAACGAAGCGUGGAGGUGGUGUUUCGCUGCAGCUCCCGCAGCGCCGAGCAGCCCUUCAGCGCCACCUACAGCAGCUUCAACAUCAGCCAACCUUGUCCUGAGGGUCACUUCUUGUGCACUACGGGGUUGUGUGUGGAGAAAGAGCGUCGCUGCGAUGGCUUGGACGACUGUCAGGAUGAGAGUGAUGAAGUCUUCUGCUCAAACCCCAUCAAAAACUGUGUAGGCUCCUCCCCUGUUCACCCACUGUAUGUCUGCAAUGGAGAGAAUGACUGCCCCAACGGUAGAGAUGAGACAAACUGCACCCAAGAGACCAGCUGUUCAGGGAUCAAGUAUCAGUGCAGCAGUGGAGCCUGUAUCCUAAAGAAGAAUGCAAAGUGUGAUGGAGUCCCUGACUGUCUCGACCGCAGCGAUGAGAAGGACUGUGCCUGUGGUCACCCCACUCCUGUAAAACGGGUGAUAGACAGCGCUCAUCCUCAGGAGCGGGUGGUGGGCGGGGUCAAUGCUGUGGAGGGGGAGUGGCCAUGGCAGGUCAGUCUACAUUUCUCUGGCCAUCUGUACUGCGGAGCUUCUGUCAUCACCAGCGAGUGGCUCAUCUCCGCUGCACAUUGUUUCAGCAGAGAGAGACUGUCAGAUCCUCGCCAGUGGAUGGCCUAUUUGGGCAUGCUGACCCAGGGCAGUGCCAAACACGCGGCCGAGAUCCGCCGCAUCGUGGUGCACGAGUACUACAACGCUCGCAGCUUUGACUAUGACAUUGCCCUGCUGCAGCUCAGGAAGGCCUGGCCCAGCAGCCUGGCCCCCUUCAUCCAGCCUGUCUGCCUGCCGGCCCCCUCACAGACCCUCUCUGACGGACACCGCUGCUGGGUGACCGGCUGGGGCUACCGCUCAGAGCAGGAUAAGGUGCUUCCCACAGUGUUGCAGAAAGCUGAGGUGAGUUUGAUGAGCCAGAGUGAGUGUAAGAGGGCAUAUGGCCCCGUGUCGCCCCGCAUGCUGUGUGCGGGCGUGCCCAGUGGAGAGCAGGAUGCUUGCCGGGGGGACUCGGGUGGUCCUCUGUCAUGCCAGGUAUCAGAAGGUGGGCGCUGGUUUCUGACGGGCAUCGUAAGCUGGGGCUCAGGCUGCGGCAGACCCAACUUACCUGGAGUGUACACCAAGGUGGCCAAGUUCAUCUCUUGGAUCAACAGCCACAUUAACAACUGA